AGGAAAAUUAAUGGUACAUUUAAACCAGAAAAUUGUGCAUCAUGGUCCUUUCUCUGUUCUUUUUCAUCUCUCCCUCCCAAACAGCUCUCCUGUGUGUGAGUAAUCUCCACAUUGUCACUCAGAUCUGACCAACGUCACACCUGCUAUCUACGCACCCACUCUUGCAUUAACUCGACAGUCAGACAACCAGCCUGGCCAACUGGCAUUAACACAACUAAUAGAGCAUCAACACGACAACAUUUCUUCACAAGAUUUCAGGGCUUUGCAUCGGCAAUACUAUUGUCUGCUGGCAGAUGUGAAAAACAGCAAAAGAAGCAAGGAUGAAUGGUGUGCAGAGCGUUCACACAGACAGUAACUCUCUGCUCAAAGCAGUCUAUCUGGGCCGUCUCCGCCUGACACGUCUCCUCCUAGAGGGCGGGGCUUACAUAAAUGAGAGCAAUGAGCAUGGGGAGACACCCCUGAUGAUUGCCUGUAAAAGCAGAUACUCUGACACCCAGGGGGUUCCAAAGGCAAAGAUGGUGGGAUAUCUUCUGGAGAGUGGUGCUGACCCAAACAUACAGGACAAGAGUGGCAAGACUGCUCUGAUGCAUGCCUGCCUAGAGCAAGCAGGACCUGAGGUGGUGUCCCUACUCCUGGAUAGUGGGGCUGAUCCCUGUCUGGAGGACCACAUAGGCUCCUCUGCUCUGAUCCAUGCCAUUAAUUCUAGUGAUGAGGAAACAUUGAAGCUGCUAAUGGAUGCUUUCAAGGCCAAAGGUAAAGAGGUCAUCAUCAUCACCACAGACAGACUUGUCUGCGGAAGACAGAUGGCCAAACAGAAUCUUAACGUUCCUUCACUGCCAGAACUAGACCGGUGGGAUAAGUUGCAUUCCUCCUCGAUACCCUGUGCUUCUCCUUCUGAGAUUCACCUCAGCACUUCGCCGCAGGAGACACUUUCCUCCAGCCUCUCAGAGCAUAUGUUUUCUUUCCAGGACCUGCAGACCAUGGCCAACUCUCAGACAAUCCCUCCCUCACACCAGCCACCUUUGGUAAACAGGAGACUGAACAAAGUCCACCAUCUGCAGAGACUACACUCAGAACCAUGGCUGAAGAUCCCCCAGUCCUUUCUAUCACAACAACAAGCCAAAGGUAACUCUCAAAUGGAAGAACUUCCUGACAUAACACCUGAGGAAGAACUUGCUUUCAGCAUUGACAGACGACUGGCUUUUGACCCUCCUCUUUCAUGUCAGGUCAGCGCUGACCUCAAAGAAGCAACUAACCAGUCUCAGCAUCAAGAAAACAACACAAAUAAUAAUGGAAAUUUAAGACCAGAGGGAUUACUGUCUCACAACAUGUCCUUCAAUGGUUUAUCUUCACUGUACUCUCUCUCCCAUCCAGAUCUUCACUCCAAAAGCAGUGAAUACUUACCAUCAGAGAAUGAUUCAGAAAAGUUUCUCCCUAACCUGGCAGUGUCCAGUCUCAUCAACAUCAUCCAGCGUCGAAAGCUUGGAAUGGACCAUUACAGCUCCGAUUCACAGCUUUCAGUGUCAGGCAACUCCCCAGCAGAAGGAAAAAAACAGCUUGACAAUAGGCAACUACUCGCUUCACGAUCAUCCACGUUGAUAAGCUCACAAGAGUCCACUGAUGGCACUUUAUUGGGAAAUAUACACAAGAGGCACCCAACCAACCUAGAGAGGAGGGGAUCAGGGGCUCUUCUCACAGAUCUACCUUUCAACCCUCGACAAGGCUUUCUACCACCACUGAAUCAUCAUGCCUCAAUCCCACAAAUUACUGGAGCAAGCAGCUCUAGUGCUAUCUGCUCCAGCAACAAGCCAACAUGUGGUUUGGCGACAGGGAUAAGGCAAUAUUUCCCCUCAGCUCCUGCUGGCUUACCAAAGGAUCUCAAGACCAGAAGAAUGCUGAUGAGAAGGCACUCCAUGCAGCCUGAACAAAUCAAACAGCUAGAUGAUUUUAAGGAGAUCUUUGGUUAAUGAUGUUGGAAAUGCAGUGUAUUGGGUAAAUAGACCAUAUACAUGAAAAUAUCCUAAAGGUUCAGGUAUUUGAAUUUUUUCAAUUUAUGAACAGUACUAAGGGAUUAUAGUAAAUUGGGGUGUGUGUGGAGGAGGUGAAGUUUGUAGGAGGUUCAUUUCCACCACACAUUUAAGAUGCUUUAAUAUACGUAAGAUAGGGCAUUUCAUUUUUCAUUUUCAACAUUCAAAAGUGAAUUCCUGUCUAUAUACUUCUGGCUGUUAAAUGUAUGUAACAUAUAUUUCUUGAAAAUUGCUCAGAAAAAUGUUUGUUUACAUGUUUAAGUAUUAAUCAAUACACAACUCAGGGUAAAUUUCAGUUUAAAUCUUGGAUAAAGUGGGGCUAACAUAAAAUGUGACAGUGGUCCACUAACUAUACACAAUAUACAAGGAGCUGACAGCUACUGUAACUGACAUUAACUGGGUUUUGUCAAUCAAAUGAAUUUGCGCUUGCAUGCUCUUUGAUUCUUCAAGCAAACAAUGAUUAUAUAUUUAUGCACCCUUUAAAAAAUUCUUAAAGGGUUCCUUGGAUAGCUAAGGGUUCUUGCUCAAGGGUUCUCACUCAAAGUCUUGAUACAGUACAAUUACUCACACCCACCAUGGAGCACAUGGGGUGCAGUGAAGCAGCAUUCAAUCUGUAAUGUAUGGCAAAGUUAGACAGUGAGCCAAGGACGUGGGAAGUGACUUUCAGGAGUUUCAAGCACAGACUUUCAGGAUUCCUUAAACUACAGUUUCAACUGCUAAAAUAAUGAUAAUAAUAAUAAUAAUAAUAAUAAUAAUAAUAAUAAUAAUAAUAUAGAUAAGCAAAUAAAGAAAUAAACAAACUUUAAAUGGAGUAUUUUUAGCAGUUUUUGAGUUUGUAUGUCAGAGUGCAAGUUUAUCUUUGGAGUGCUACCAUUGACUUAAGGUAAGAGUUUUUUUUUUUUUCUUCCAAGUUCUGCCAUCAUGCGGUGUUCUCCUGUUUGUUUAGGCUGCUUAUGUUUCUGCAAGAUGUGUGUAUUUAUUUAUAGCUUUAAAGUUUAAUAGUCCUGCAUGUUCAUUGCACUUUUUUCUUUUAAUUUAUAAUAUUGUUAUAUAUCAUUGUACUCAACAUACAUCCUCUGUUAAAAGAAAAAUUAUUUGACUAUCAUUUGGUUGUAACAUAAUAGAACGUGUCACAUGUAUACUGCUUAAAAUUCCAGCAUUCCCGAUUUAAAAUGCCUUCCUGCGUCCCUGCAGUGAGCUCAAUGUUGCUGUACCACAAAAAAUGUAAGUAAAAGUGAUCUUAGUGUCACCUAGGACGUAGCCAUAACAUGCAAUGAAUUUAAUGGAAUAAGGUGCCUCUUGCCUGUCCAAUCACUUCCUUUACCAAUGGCCUAACAUGUCCAUAGAUAGCAGAACCCCUAAAUGGUGGUCCACAAAGAACACAAAAAGCAGUUCAGUUAACUGCGAGCUGGUGGUUAGACACAGGCUGGCCUGGGCAAAUUCUCGUCUGCAAGAGCGAUUUAAUAUGCUAUCUUGCCAAUACUUUUGGCAGAAAUGAACUCCAGUCCCUACAGCAGAUACUGCAUGCUGCUUGAUAAGACGUGCAAUUGUCAACAUAUCAGGCCAUUGGUGAUGGCCAGGAAGUGAAAGGCACUUUAACUAUGCAUCAUCCAUUGGUUCAAAUGGCAAUAUGCAUAAACUGCUUAGCACCAUGUCCUAAUCUCCCUGUAGGACCAUUAUUUCACAUUUGGAGACAUUCUGUGCCCUGAGACAUUUUGGAGUUUGGAGACAUUAUGUGCCCUCUGGAAAUGUUCUGACCAGUUUUAUGCACUCCUAAUGGCCAUCUGUCCACCAGAAAACGCUGCCAUGUGCAUCUUAAUGUAGACCCAGAAAGAGACACUUCUAGCUGACACUACCAUCUGGCUGCAGAAAAACAUAAUUUGUGGCACAAGAUAAGGAGUUCCUGCCCAGUGAUUUACCGUAGUGAAAAAACUUUAUACUUACUUUAUACUGCCUUUUUGAACAUGCCAGUGUACUGGGGUCACUACUAGGAGCCAGAGCUAUAAUUUCAAGGUGUGUGUGGUCUGAUAUGGCACAGUGACUUAGGGUACUUGGGACUGCAGGUCUGGUCUGAUGGGUAGUAAGCAAGGUGAGCUUGACACAAACAUUAACAACAGACAGAACCAUAGUCUGUUCUGCCAGAAGUACAGCUCUUCUGUAUCUGCCAUUGCAGUCAGUAUCAUGUCUUCAUUCUAACAUAGUACAGGUGCUCAUGCUUCCUUUUCCAAGGAACUGAGCAAAUGCACCUAUUCCACAUUUCCGGUUCCUGCUGUGACAAUGCAAAAAAGGUUACCUUUUUUAUUCCUUGCUAAACAGCAUUAGGAUAAUUAAUGGUCAGCAGUAUCCAGAAAGAUUUCAAAGCCCUGUAUGUAAUUACUGAACAUACUUCAGUCCCAUUGAUCAUUGUCCAUCAUGCAUCAGGGCCUGGCAGAAUAAAAGCUCGCAACCCUACCCUGAAUGUUCAGCAGUUGGGAAUGUUCAACAAUUCUCAAGUCAUGAGUAUAUGGAUUUAUAAAAUGAUGAAAUUAGUUACUCUGUGAUCACAGCACAUGAUUUUUGCAUGACAGAAUUUGCUUUCUAAUCCCAGUUCAAAGGACUCUAUAAUGUGGGGUUACAUGAAGGACAAGAUAAUCUCCUAAUAAAUCAGAAAUGUGCAUUGCUUGGGGUCCAUAGCUUGGACAAAGAGCAAAAAUAAGAGCUAAGAGAGCAAAUGCACCAAUGCAGCAUCACUGAUAAAGUUAAGGUCUACAAAAGAGUUCUACUGCUGUGAACAUUUAUAGUGUAUAUUUAGUAUAUUUUGAGUGAACCAUAUAAGAAUUAAUUGUAACAAUAACCUCACUUAAAGUAAUCAGGAGUAUUGUCAAAUUUUUGUCUUUGCAAUUACGUAUAGAUCUCAGUGUUUCAGUACAGUAGUUUACUGUAGUACAUGGUCCUGAUAGGUCUGACUAAAAGCUCAUGGAGUUCUUCAUUUUCAAAUGAGAACCUUGGUAUAACAUAUACUUGUUGAAUAAUAAGCUCAAUUGUUCUGACUAAUAUUUUGCUUUUUGUUAUUUUGCUGUUCAAUGUGUAAACCAACCAUGGUCAAUCUGAAAUAAUUCAUCAGAAACUGUGGAAAAAAAUGAUUUUCUGUAAUAUUUUGAUGCACUUCUAUCACUUUCAUCAGCCCAUGAACACAUUCAGACAUAAGUGACUUUUUCUGUGAGUAUUGCCUGCUUUCUCUCAAAUAAAUGUUUGCAAAUGCUGCUUUGAGAUCUACCUACCUGCAGACCACAGUUCCAACUCUACACUUAAACAUGUUCAUAUUAUACAGAUUCUCUUGAGAGCCUUUAUGAGUUAGCUCAGUUGAUGGAACAAAAUUGCACAGUGGACUGUUUUGGAUACCAGUAAUAUAAAUAUCUCACAAACACACUGCACUAUGAAAUUAACUAGAUCCAUCUAGGUGAAUGUGCACUACAACACAAAAAACUUUGCAGUAUUUAUUUCAUUUUAAAUAUUGGUACAUACACGAUCAAUAGCUUUAUUUAACCAAUUUAAAUAUAUCCACAAGCAAGGCCACAAAAAAUAUAAGAAAUGAAAAUCUCAUGAUAUUCUAUAACUGGUAUAGGAUAUUAAAAUAUACACUCAUAUAUUUUAAUCUCAGUGAAAAAGGUGAGCACAAGCAGUACCUGUCUACAGUUAGGACACACCAGAUUGAAUUGAAUUAUUCAUUAUCAUAAAGACAGAAAAAGACAAAGAAUGAAGCUGUUGUUGAUGAAAAGUUGGCUGAGAGAAUGCUGUUUGAAAAGAUGUUAAU